CGUGACCCAACUUUUGAUGCAUCUCGUUGUUUGCGUAAAAGUGACGUGGCCGGCAACGCUUUUACUACACCUGAUUGAGAGGAUUUCAUCUCCGUUGCACUACCCAACCACCAAGGCAGGGGAUUUAUUUUAUUUUUUCAAUAUCACGGGCGGGGGUCAGUGUUGCAUUAAUUCCGGGCUUCAGCGGUGACCAUUCUGAUGCGUCCGUCAAGUAUCCUCAAAUCAGCUAAAUUCAAAACAGGUGACAUAUGCAAAUGUACAUAACAAAUGCAGAGGCUGAAUUAAAAAAAAAUUAAUAAAAAUAAGAGGCAGUGCCAUUGCACCACUAAAUCCAUGUCAAGCCAGCGUGUCCUCGAGGAUGCGCAAUGAACUCGGUGCUGAAGAGUCCAUUCCCUCCUCUCCAUUUUCUUGUCUCUCGGUCUCCUCUGACCUCUGAUUUAGUUUGCGGCGAGUGGGCACUACCAUCCUCAGGAAUGGCACUACUCCCACCUCCACAAUGCUCUUUUGGGACCGUUUGGGGAACUGAUGACCGAGGGCGAUCUCAACCGCAUUGAGAAGCAAAUUGAGAACCUGCAGGUGAUGCACAAGGUCUCGGAAGUUGAGAAGGAGCUGGAAGAACUCGAGCGGGAGCUGCAUCAGCUUCUACCCGUUUCGGCAGCGCUCACUCAAGGACAUUUUUCAGUCCAUCCGAAGCAGGUGCACGGCCAAGCUGAAGAUCUUCCAGCCUGGUGCAGCAAAAUUUCGACCUUGCUCAAGAGCAUGGCAAUCCUCCUCGCCACACUGGGGGGCAAAGAGAUUGACAUUCUGGAACUCGUAAGCCCCGGAGGUUCUCAAAAAGGGACAAAGAAUGCGGCUGCAACUCAUCCAGAUCCGGCUGCGGUAUUUAUCGGCCGCUCUCAGUCUUUCUCGACGAAAGAAGAGGUCGAGAAGGAGAUGAGGCAGUUUGGUGUAUCGGUGAGGAACCUCAAGGCGAAUUAUGAAAUUCCGUUGCAGUCUGCAAAUGGCAAAGAAACGAGGGUGUACAAACGCCAGAGCUCACUCCCAGUUGUGAGUACGUCUCAGAAUCAUCCGGAAACGGUUUGUCAGGAUGACGCAGGUUCCCCCGUUGACUGGCCUCAGUCCCGCACUAACCGUUCUCUGCCUUCAAAGGAGGAAUCGGUCUUGAAACUUGUUGAGGAGCCAGUAAUCGGGGCAUCUUAUGCGACCACCGAGAUACAGGCGCAAACUAAGAUUGAAGAGUUUAACCAGGUCCUUUCUGCAUCUGCAGACCCCUUUUUAAACCAGCACCACCACCAAACAAGAAGUUUGGAGGUGCAGACGGAUCUCAGCUACGUUCAGGAAUGCAUCGAAACAAGAAAAGAGAGGAUCGUCUUCCUGUUUCUCGAACACUGGCGCAAAUACACCAUCUCGGAAUCUGUCAGACGAGGGAACCAUCUGGACUUGAGCUGGGAAAACAGCGAGGAUGACAAGCUCCUCCUUUUCAUGAAGUCCAAGCAGGUGGUGGGGAAACUGAUCGGCCACUGGAGGACCAUCAUGAGCCAGGUGCCCAGUCGCCAAAUUCGCAGGCUGAGUCGAGCUCAGAUGAUCUACUGGCCGGAACACUUCUUGCCACACAUCAACGGCUCACCCGUGAGCUACGAAAGCCUGACGCUUGAUCUUUUCAUGCUUGGAUACUUCCAGCUGCUGGAAAUGAACUUGUCGCGCGACGAGCGCAAAUUCCGCCACCUCCUGUGCUACGAGAUGUUUGAUCGUCUCGGUCGGCAUCGCUGGGAGAUCAUAAAGCAGUUUCACAAGGAGGUCCUGGGGCAAGUCGAAAGAGGAACGAGAGACUGGGCGGAUGGUUUUGAGGACGUCAAGCUCAAGUACUUUGGCGACGCGGAUGACGAGGGAGGCGUGAUGUCGGCCUCUCUGCAUUCCGCGUCUCCCGAGGUGGCCUACAUUCCCACGGAGGAGUCCCAUCCGCCGCCGCCUUGUCAUCCUCCGCCCCCUCCGCCUCCAAAUGCACGUCCCACUCCGACGUGCGCUCCUCGAUUAGAUCCGCGCUUUGCGUCGCCCGAUGCGGCCCCGGACGGUGCGCUGGACACCGGUCGAUGUGCGUCAAUUAAAAAUCUUGAGAGACUUCAGGAGACGGCGGGAAGCCAUGAAGUCGCUGCAGUCGAGGGUGCGGCUGUUAAGACCACCGCAGAACCGGUUCAUAAAACUCCAAGUCGAGAAAAACGCGAUUCCAUUCAAGUGAUCUAUGAACUCAAGGAGUUUAGUAAUGAGGAGAUCAUUCGGUACAUUGAUCGAAGCUUCGCCUUCUGGAAGGAAAAGGAAGCGGAGCUUUUUGCCAUCUGACACGUCUUGACUAACACAUCCACGUUCGAGCAGACGGAAAAUGCAGGAUCGGUCAAAUGAACGUGCACUUUUUAGUCACUUGAGAAAAGAAAGCAAUUGGUUGUUUGCUUUAGGCCGCGUCACAUGAGGUACUUACAGUAAAAGAGGCACAGGGCGACCUCUCAGCUGUACUGGAUGAAAAGAAAUUCCAUGGUGUCAAAAGUCACAAAAGUUUUGCACGCAUUGGGAACGUAUUCCAUAAAGAAGGGAUAAAACAGAAGAAAUGGUACACUUGUGAAAAGUUUGAUUUGCCAUACACGUGCUUGCUUUAGAUCAGCGGUCCCCAAACUUUUUUGCCCCCUGAACUGUUUUAAUGUCGGACAAUAUUUUCAGGGACUGGCCUUUAAAGGCCGGAUAAAUACAACAAAAUCUCAUAUGACCUGCAUAAAAACUGUGGUAUUUUAUAAACGUAAUAAUAAACACGAAUCGUGACACGAGGACACGUCCUAUCUGCUUGCUAUGUUAACGUUUAGA